UGCAAACGGCCGUCCCUGAACCGAGGAACCUGGAGCCCCACACCCCCCAAUCCGGGAGAAUACGAGGCCCUUUUUUCUGUCAGAAUUCAGAACACACACCAAAGCCUCCACUGCCUUCCCCUUCCCUUGUGGCCUAAACUACUCUCCAGCUUCGUCCAGAGUCCAGCAGACACGGCCAACAGUUAAACCAGUUGCUAUUAGUACGCGCCACCACGCUCGCACGCACACGCACACGCACAGCUAGCUCGCACCCCUACACACUCAACAGCAACAGCUAAGCUUCUCCAACCAGACAGCAACAUGGCUGAGGAGGCGGCCAAGAAGGUGGAGGUGGAGGUCACCAAGGACAAGGAGCCCGAGGCGGCGCCCGCGGAGGCCGUGCCGGAGGCGGCGGCCAAGGAGGACGUCGCCGAGGAGAAGGCCGUCAUCCCCGCGACCGAGCCGCCGGCCGCCGAGGAGAAGCCGCCGGCCGACGAUUCCAAGGCCCUCGCCAUCGUCGAGAAAGUUGCAGAUGAACCUGCUCCAGAGAAGCCUGCUGCUGAGAAGCAAGGGGGUUCCAAUGACAGAGAUCUUGCUCUUGCAAGGGUGGAAACAGAGAAGAGGAACUCUUUGAUCAAAGCAUGGGAAGAGAAUGAGAAGACAAAAGCUGAGAACAAGGCUGCUAAGAAAGUAUCCGCUAUUCUUUCAUGGGAGAACACAAAGAAAGCAAACAUAGAAGCUCAACUGAAGAAGAUUGAGGAACAACUGGAAAAGAAGAAGGCCGAAUAUGCUGAGAAGAUGAAGAACAAGGUUGCAAUGAUCCACAAGGAAGCCGAGGAGAAGCGAGCGAUGGUGGAGGCAAAGCGCGGUGAGGAGGUCCUGAAGGCCGAGGAGAUGGCUGCCAAAUACCGGGCCACCGGGCACGCUCCUAAGAAGCUCAUCGGGUGCUUCGGAGCCUAAGAAACAUUCCAAGUCACACCCGAGCAGGAAGUGAAAAACGUCAACCAGUGAUUGCUUGGUCCUCUCGCUCUAUCAAGUGUGUAGUGUGUCUUCGAAAGUGUGUAAAGCCUACUGCUGCUCUGUAUAUACAGAUGUUGCUUCCAAGACAGGCGUUUGGUGGGUGUACAUGUUGAAUGCUUGACGAGAAACAUUCUUAUUUGUAGUUAAGGGGUCACACUGUUGUUGUUGCUGUUGUUGUUGACAUUUAAGCAGACAUUUUGUUCUUCGCCUGCUGUUAUUGUUUUUGUCCC